GAAAAAAUUCAAAGUCACCUUUGGAUUCUUUUACUAGCUUGAGAAAACCAGAUGUCUCUCUGUCAUAUAUAUAACACCAUCACCAAAGACCCUUAGAAGCAGUGUGACAAGAAUAUCAGAAGUUGUGUAGACAUGGCGGGUCUAUUUGACAAGCAGGCAGAGACCUACCAACAAGCCAGGCCAACUUAUCCAAGUGAGUGGUACUCGAUGCUCGCCGCCCGCACCUCACAUCACUCUCUGGCUUGGGAUGUCGGCACCGGCAACGGUCAAGCUGCUCUCAGCGUCGCAGAGCAUUACAAGCAAGUGAUAGCGACCGAUGUUAGUGAAGCUCAACUAAGUUUUGCAAUGCCACAUCCACGAGUUCGCUACGUGCACACUCCAGAGUCCAUGCCAGAGGAUGAAAUGGUGGCCUUGAUGGGGGGCGAAAAUCGUGUCGAUCUGAUCACUGUUGCCUCCGCAGUGCACUGGUUUGACCUUCCAAAGUUUUACAAGCUGGCCAAACGCCUUCUGCGUAAGCCAGGAGGUAUAGUAGCCGUUUGGGCUUAUAACGACAUGUUUGUUAGUAACGACUUCCACGCCAUAAGUAAGCGCCUCCGGGAAAAAUCUUCGCACUUUCGGCCCGCAAAUGCCAAGUACGCAAUUGACGGAUAUAGAAAUCUUCCCUUUCCUUUUGAGAGUGUGGGCUUAGGCCACGAGGGAGAACCAAUGCAACUUGAGAUUCCGAAGGAGCUCCUGUUCGAAGGGUACUUGAAACUUUUCAAAUCAACAUCAGCAUUUGCCUCAGCCAAGGAACAAGGGUUGGAUUUGUUAUCUGAAGAAGUGAUUAAAGAGCUUGAGAGUUCUUGGGGAGGGCCUAGUAAGGUCAGAACUGUCACCUACAAGGCUUUCAUGCUUGCAGGAACAGUCACAGACCGCUGACGGAGCAUGAAUUUGAUGACCGAGAGAAGUCUCAACUAGAUGCUUCAAAUAAAUGGUCAAGCUGCAAAGUACUUUUACAGAGACAAACGUAUGUUCACAUACUGAUCUUUGAGAGAAGAAAUCAUGGUGCGAGAGAGUAGAUUUUCGAGGCAACAAAAUUUUUACAGCAUAAGAAUAGAGUAACGAUAGAGAGGAUGAUUGUCACGAUUUGGCUUGUAGAUCUGCAGGGGAAAAAAUCUCUCCAUUGUAUCGGAAACCUGCAACAAGCAUCCAUGCUAGAGCAUAGAUGAGGUACAUGUUAGACCAUUCUUUUGGACCGCGGUUAGGCUAAAAUUAGAUUUAUUACGAGGCAUUCUUAUGGACCAAAGAAUAAGGAUGAGGUAUUUGUUAGAGCAUCAA